AUGGCCAUAUUCCUGCUCGCCAUUGGAGUCAAGCGAUUCGUGGAGCGCCAAAUGACUAAGAAGCAUCGCUCACCUCUGGAAUACGUGGCUCUUACUUCCUUGGCGCUCUUAGUCGCUGCUAUCGCCAAAUACCCAAACCGAGCCAUCUUCACCCGUGCCCGUCCAGACCUCAAAGAGAUCACCGCCGACGGACAUCCUCUCUUUGGAAACAUGAUUCAGGCACUGACCAGCAAGGAGAACCCGCUGGUUGUUUUGAAUAAGGCUUUUCAGAAGCGAGGGGAUAUUUAUGUCAUUACGGUGCCUUACCGUGGGCGGUUCUUCAUGGUCAACCACCCCAUGUACAUCGAAUACAUCCUCAAGACCAACUUCAAUAACUACAUUAAGGGUAAAGUAUUCGGAGACCAACUCCGGGACAUCCUCGGGAACGGCAUAUUUGUCUCGGACCAAGACGCCUGGCGCUUCCACCGCAAGACUGCCUCAAACAUCUUCACCACAAAGAUGUACCGCCAACUCGCCGAAGGGGCAUUCACCGACUCUGCACGCGACCUCUGCUCCAUCUUCGACAAGGCUGAGUCUCUCUCCCAGCCUGUGGACUUGCAACAGUUGUUCUUGAAGUUGACCAUGGAUGCAUUUGGGAAGCUGACGUUUGGAAUUGAAUUCAAUUCGUUGUUGACGGAGGGACGGAGUGAGUUUGGGGACGCAUUCGACUACUUGACGGCGAAUGUUGAUGGGAGGGUAAUUAACCCGCUGUGGCCGAUUUUGGAUCGGUUGACGCCCGGGAAGAUUGGGAAACUGAAGGGGGCGAUUGCGGUGUUGGAUCGGUAUGCGUAUUCGGCGGUGCAUAAGCGGAGGGCGGAGACGGAGGAGGAGAGAAUGAAGAGGCCCAGGGACCUGUUGGAUCAUUUUAUUAACCAUGUCAGGGAGGACGGGUCUAUGUUAAAUGAUCUGGAGUUGAGGGAUGUCUUUGUCAACUUCAUGAUCGCGGGAAGAGACACAACAGCAUUGACCCUAACCUGGCAAUUCUACUCCCUCAUGGCCAACCCCCGAAUCCUCAAAAACGUUCUCAAAGAACUUGACGUUGUCCUCCAAGGAUCCGAGAUCUACACCUAUGAGAUCAUGAUGCAAGAACUUCCCUACCUCAAGGCGGUCUUCCACGAAACUCUCCGUCUUUACCCUCAGGUACCCCGUAACGCCAAGGAGUGUGUCUCGGAUGAUGUCCUCCCUGAUGGAACUGUGGUUUACAAGGGCGAGUUGGUGGCGUUUUCGACGUAUGCGAUGGGACGGAACCGUAGCGUGUGGGGUGAAGAUGCGGAGGUGUUCUGUCCUGAGAGGUGGUUGGUGGAUGAGGAGGAUGUUGAGAAGCAGGGUUCAUCGCCUGCGACGCGUUCUACUCCUCCACAACAACAACAGGGUAGUAACAUGAAGGGUGUGAGCCCGUUCGGAAAGUUCAAGAUGGAGAACCAGUUCAAGUUCAACUCCUUCAACGCCAGUCCUCGCCUCUGCCUCGGCCAAACGUUCGCAACGUUGGAGGCGAUGGUGACGAGUUGUAUGCUGUUACAGAAGUUUGACUUCAAACUGGUCCCAGGUCAGCCCAUCCCAGAACCCAAACCCUCUGCCACUUUGCCAAUGUUGAACCCUCUGAUGACCUUCACGACCCGUAAACAGCACAAUAAGUCAUCCAUGAUGACAACGACUUCACGAAAUGGUGAUUCUUCGCUCUCUUCUUCGUACAUCUCUGUCUAG